AUGGGGGAUGAUAGUUUUUUAAAGCCGUAUUACCCUCCUCCCGGAACUCGCCCCUCUCGCAUCCCUAACGGCGACUCUCGUAUCGGCCAAAGCGUUAGCGCCGCCUUCUCUCGCAGUCGCUCCAGCUCCCCCUCCCCCUCGCACUCCGAACCCUCCUCCGCGCAUGCCUCGCCCGCCCCCGCGCGGCCGCCGUCCGCCCACAGGAGCGCGACGGCUGCCCCGCCGCGGCCCAUCUCGCCUCUGCCCCCGCAUGCUGUGCGGCGCAGACCCGGCGCGGAAGGGCGCGCGGAUGGGCGCGCGGGGGUAGGGGCGGAGCUGCGGGAGGGCAGUCCGGGGCGGGAUGGCGCGCUGAUGGGCGCCCGCGGGCCUGUCGUGCGCGAUGGAGCCGGCGGAGGCGGGGAGAAGGAGGGGGCGGAGAGGGUGAGGGCAGGGGGAGAGGGCGCGAGGGAGGGGGGCAUGGCGCGCGGCAGCAGCAGGCCCCGGCGCGUGAGAGCGGUCAGCAGUGGCGACGCCGUCAACGCGGGCGCCGCCAGUGCGGGCGCGGUGUCGGAACCAAACACAGCAACAGCAGACGCGACACACGCAGCCGACGCGCAAACAGCAGCCGCGCUGCCGCGGAGAUUCCCCACGGCCCCGCCCACAGUCGGUUCCGCCAAGCCUGGUGCGCCAGUGAGCAGCGGCGGUGAGGGGGGCGCGAGUGCGCCUGCGCCUGGAGGGACGUGGCCGGGCGAAAUGGUGGGGGAUGGGGGAAGGCGGGGGGAAGCGGGGGAGCAGAUGCGGGUAGGGGCGAGGCCGGGCAGUGGCAGGGCGGGGAUGAGGCGAGGGCCGGGGGUGGGGCAGGCGGGCGCGCACAUGGGCGCGGGGAUGGGAGGGGGAAGGGGAGCGCAGAGGCCUGUGACUGCCGGGGGCAGGCUGGCAGUGGCGGGCGCGAGCAGCGGAGGCGGCGAGGGCAGUGAGGCAGCGGGCGGCGGGGCGGGGCUGGGCGAUGGGGGAAGCUGGAAGGCCCGCCAGACACACCCGCUCCAGGGGGUGGGGCAGCAGGGGGGGGGGCAGCAGGGGGUGGGGCAGCAGGGGGCGUGGCAGCAAGGGGUGGGGCAGCAGCAGAGCAGUGCAGUAGGGCAGAGAGUGGCGAGGCAAGAGCGGCAGAGGGGGGAGGGGCGGCAUGUGCGGCAGGCGAGUCUGCAAGUGGACGCAUCCCCCCCUCGCGCGGGUCCCCCUGCUCGCAUGCAAGCGGCAGCAAGUGCAGAGGCAGGGGGGGGGAGCGAGGGCGAGACUGGGGGGUCCGCCAGGGCGGGGGCGAGAGGGGAAGUGGGGCGGGGUGGGGUGCGGACGAUGGGGCGGAGCAAACAGAGUGGGAUGGGGCGAGCAAAAGGUGUGAUAGGUGUGGAGCGAGGGCAAUUGGGAGUGGAAAGAGGUGUGAUGCGCGCAGAGGCCGGGGGGUUGACGGAGGGAGCAGAUGGAGGGGCGGCUGGUCAACGAGGCAUGCCUGACGUGGCGCACAGUUCCCUGCGCCAGCAGCCGCUGCAUGGUCCAGUCAGUGCUGACGUGGCACCAGCAGGACCAGCAGCUGCGGGCUGUCCUUGGGAGUGGGAAAAUGGAGGUGAGAGUGAGAGUGGGGGUACAGGGAAUGGCGAGGGCGGAGUUAUUGCAGAGCGCAGGAGAGUCCGUGCACGCGGGCAGAGCAGCAGCACCAGCAGCAGCAGCAGCAGCGAUCUCGUGGCUCGAGCAGGCGGCAACGGACGGCUGCGAUCGAGUGUGAGCGUUGGGCAGGCCAGUGCGUGCGAUCUGCGCUCCGCCGCUGCUGCCACCACCGCUGCCAGUGGCACCGGCACUAGCACCGGCAGCACGGAGGGCAGCGGAGGGCGAGGCGGGGAAGGGGAGGGGGCGGACGGUGCCGGGCGCAGGGCGGACACGGGGGGGGGUAGCAGGGCGAGCGGGGCGGAGGGUCAUGCAAGGGGAGGGGCAGGGCGGAGGCUGAAUCGCGCUCUGAGCGCCAUGGAGGGGCGCGGCCAUGCGCCUUGGGGGCGCGGGGCAGGGUCGGGGGAGGGUGGUGGGGGGAGUGGUGGUGGUGCGGAAGAGGGCUCCAAGGGACUGAGUGAAGGGGAGAACGCAAGUGGUGGGGUGGGGAGGCGUGCGGGGGAGAGAGGGCUUGCACAGCAGGUAGGGAUUAAGGAGGGCACGGAAGUGGAGGGGCAGGGAGGGGUGGGUGCAGGCGACAUGAGCAGGGUUGAUGGCAGGGGAAGGCAGGGGCGAGAAGGAACAGUGGCGGCCCCAGGUGGGGAAGAGGGAGCAGCAGCAGGGGUGGUGAGAGGUGAAACACAAGCAGGUGCAUCUGUGGCUCUCGCCUCUGCCCCUUCGCCUGGCAGUGAGAGUGGGAGGGGCAGGAGCAUGCAGAGAGGGGGUGAGAAGUGGACAGCCGCACAGCGGGCAGCAGCACGGGACAUGCAGUGGGAACGGGAGAGGGAGAGGGAGAGCGGGAGAGGCAGAGCGGCGCGCGGGAGAGAGAGGGUUCGGUCGAACCCAGCCACUCCCACAGGCGGGGGGCGCACACCACGAGGGAUGGUGGAAGGUGGGGAAACGCCGAGGGGUGCGGUGGAGGGAGCGGGUGCGCCAGGGGAAGAGAGGCAGGGGCGUGGACGGACAAGGCGGGGUAAGAAGGGUGCAGGUGAGGCGGGGGCGUGGGGAGUGGAAGCAGGUGAAGAGGGUGAGAGGAGUGGCGGGGCGAGUGAUGGGGUGGUGGAGGGGGAAGGUGUGCGGCAGCAGAGGGGCUUAGAGGACGGGCGGAAAGGGAGAGUGGGAGAUAAGCGGGGCGGGGCGGACAGUGAGGGAGGUGUGGUUGGGAGGGAGAGGGAGGGGCGUGAAGUGGCAGAAGUCGGAGUGGAGGGGCUAGGAGGAGAAGGGUCAGGGGGCAUGGCGGGAUUGGGUUCAUCUGGUUUCAAGGGGCCAACACAACGACGUGUGCAGCAGCAGACUGAGCAACUGCCACAGCAGCCGCCGCCGCAGCAGCAGCAGCAGCAGCAGCAGCAGCAGAGGGAGAGGGAGGGGCAGGAGUGGCAGCAUGGUCAGGCAGUGCAGGGGGAGGCGGAGAAUGGGGGCGGUAGCAGAGGGGGCAGCGCACAGGUGGGUGAGGUGGAGGCGGGUGCAGUGGGUGGUGGGGGCGGGGUGGGUGGGGCAGGCGGGGUGGGUGGGGUAGGGGGGAUGAGUGGUGCAGGCGGGGUGAGGGGGCGGCGAGGGGAGGUGGUGGCAAGCCGGCCGUGGCACGCGCGAGUGGGGGAGGGCAGGGCUGGGCGUGCAUGGGACGAGACAGCAGCCAUCGGCGCGCCUGUCACGCUGCUCCCUGCCCUGGGGAACAAUAGUGCAGCGGAACUGACAGCACGGCCCAUGCCAUUCACUGGGGUUGCUGCUGGGAUUGCUGCUGCUGGGGUUUCAUGUGAGCCCAUGCCGCUGACACCCCCUGUGCUCUCCCUCACAGAGCUGCGCCUGCUGGCAGCCCGGCACGGUGCAGCAGCCAGUGCAGCAUUGGGAGCAGCAGGGAGUGCAGGGGGCGGAGUAGCAGGGGUUACCGCAGGGGGGGUUGUGGCGGGGGCAGCAGCAGUGGGGGGUGGCAGGAGGGGCGCGCGUGCGAUGGUGAAGAGCAUGUCCAUGUCUGCUGCUGACCUGCACCACGUGCCUGCGCCCCAUGCCACUCCGCCCCAUGCUCCUGCUCCUGCUGCUGCUGAUGCGCCUGCCGGCAGGUUUGGCACGGGCAUGGGCAUGGGGGCAGGUGCAGGCUCUCGGUCCAUGGGCAUUUCUCGCACAUCCUCCUCCGGCCGCCCCGCCUUCCCACACGCUGCUUCUACCGCUGCUGCCGCUGCUGCCGCUGCUGCCGCUGCUGCCGCUGCUGCCGCUGGUGGUGUUUCAGCAGAAAGUGUGGCCGCCCACCCAGCAGGCAUGCACCCCGCGCAUCCCAGGCAUCCUGGCUCUGCCAGCGACCCAGCAUCAGCCGCCAUGUUCCUGGGCAUGGGCCUCCCGGCUGCGGGCGGCGCUGAUACCUCCGAGCGCCUCUUGCGCCUCACAGCGCGGUGGAGCGAGGUGCAAAACGGUGGUGGUGCGGGGCGGACGGGCGCAGGGGUGCACACGGACACGCCAAGGCUGGGCAGCGGCGUGGGGGGGUCCAUGGACCUGCGACGAGCAGCCUUCAGUGCGAGCAUGACCGCAGGCAUGGGCAUGGGCGCAGGCAUGGUGCGAGCAGCGGCAGCAGCAGCAGCAGCAGCAGCAGCAGCAGCAGCAGCAGCAGCAGCAGCAGCAGCAGCAGCAGCAGCAGCAGCAGCAGCAGCAGCAGCAGCAGCAGCAGCAGCAGCAGCAGCAGCAGCAGCAGCAGCAGCAGCAGGGGAUUCCAUCGAGCCGCCACUCUCAACGCGCGCUCCCUUGGCCUCUCCCUCAACGCACCUGCCAUGCCUGCCCUCUCUACCGUGCCUGCACCUCACAUGUCUGCGGUGCCCACCCUCCCUGCCGCAGCUGCUGCUGGCGGAGGAGGGAGAGAGGGGAGUGGAGGAGCAAGAGAGGGAAGUGGAAGAGGGAAGGAGGAGAGUGGAGGAGGAGGAGGGAGAGAGGGAAGUGGAAGAGCAAGAGAGGGGAGUGGAGGAAGGAGAGAGGGUAGCAGAGGAAGAAGAGAGGCCAGUGGAGGAGGAAGAGAGGGGAGUGGAGGAAGAGAGGGGAGUGGAGGAGGAAGAGAGGGGAGUGGAGGAGGAAGGGAGGAGAGUGGAGGAGGAAGAGAGGGCUGUGGAGGAGGAAGAGAGGGCAGUGGAGGAGGAAGAGAGGGCAGUGGAGGAGGAAGAGAGGGCAGUGGAGGAGGAAGAGAGGGGGUUGGAGGAGACGUAG